CUCGGAACACAAAAAAGCUAAUAGCGUAGCAUCCUCAAAACACGACUCGUCAAAUUCUAUUCCUCCUUCACACUUCUGUCGUCACAACGGCCACUGUUCUUUUCUGUCUCUCUCUUGAUCGAGGGUCUGAACUCCAUAGUCUCAGUACAACAAGCAAUCAAGAAACAAAGGGAAGAAGAAUAAGGUUGGAGGAUUAAACAAUGGCUAUUGCGGCCGCUGGACAGCUCAAUAUCCAUGAGUCGCCCUUGUGGGGUUCAAGAAGCGUCGACUGUUUUGAAAAAUUGGAGCAGGUUGGCGAGGGUACUUAUGGUCAGGUUUACAUGGCCAAAGAACGCAAGACAGGUGAAAUAGUUGCUUUGAAGAAAAUAAGAAUGGACAAUGAAAGAGAAGGGUUUCCCAUUACAGCAAUACGUGAAAUCAAAAUUCUAAAGAAGUUACAUCAUGAAAACGUGCUUAAGUUGAAAGAGAUCGUGACUUCUCCUGGUCCUGAGAAGGAUGAGCAGGGGAGGACAGAUGGUAACAAGUAUAAAGGUGGAAUAUACAUGGUCUUUGAAUACAUGGACCAUGAUUUGACAGGUCUUGCUGAUCGUCCUGGGAUGAGAUUUUCAGUUCCUCAAAUUAAGUGUUAUAUGAGGCAGCUUUUAACAGGCCUUCACUAUUGUCACAUAAACCAAGUGCUUCAUCGUGAUAUAAAAGGCUCUAAUCUUCUCAUAGACAAUGAAGGUAAUUUAAAGCUUGCAGAUUUUGGGCUUGCUCGAUCAUUCUCAAGUGAUCACACUGGAAAUCUUACAAAUCGUGUUAUUACUUUAUGGUACAGACCGCCAGAGUUGCUGCUUGGAGCAACAAAGUAUGGUCCAGCUGUUGAUAUGUGGUCUGUCGGCUGUAUUUUUGCUGAACUUCUUCAUGGGAAACCAAUUUUUCCUGGAAAAGAUGAGCCAGAACAAUUAAAUAAGAUUUUUGAGCUGUGUGGAUCUCCAGAUGAGGUUAAUUGGCCUGGAGUUUCUAAGACUCCUUGGUAUAAUAAUUUUAAACCAACAAGGCCUAUGAAGAGACGCCUGAGGGAGGUUUUCAGACAUUUUGACCGUCAUGCUCUGGAGUUAUUGGAGAGAAUGCUAAUGCUUGAUCCCUCUCAGAGAAUAUCUGCUAAGGAUGCACUUGAUGCUGAAUAUUUCUGGACUGACCCAUUGCCUUGUGACCCUAGGAGUUUACCUAAAUAUGAAUCAUCCCACGAGUUUCAGACAAAGAAAAAGCGCCAGCAACAAAGACAGCACGAAGAAAACGCAAAACGUCAGAAACUGCAACACCCCCAGCAGCAUGGUCGCCUUCCACCUAUUCAGCAGUCUGGUCAGGCACAUGCACAAAUGAGGUCAGGGCCUAAUCAGCCUGUACAUAAUUCACAACCAGCGGUCGCUGCAGGGCCUAGCCACCAUUAUGGCAAACCCGGGCCUGGCCGAUACCCCCCAAGUGGAACAAGUGGAGGAUACAACCAUCCAAACCGUGGAGGUCAAGGUGGAGGCUACGGGACUGGACAAUAUCCUCCACAUGGUCGGGCACCUCCCUAUGGUUCAAGUGGCAUGCCUGGUGCCCCUCGUGGUGGUGGAAAUUAUCCCCAAGGUGCCCCAAAUUAUCCCCAAGGUGGCGCUCCAUAUGGUAGUUCUGGCGCUGGUCGAGGUUCAAACAUGAUGGGCGGAAACCGGAACAACCAGCAUUAUGGAUGGCAACAGUAGUGUGAUUUGAUUAUUAAACUCGGUUUAAGCAUAUAUUGAAAUCAUGAUCAUUUGAGUUCUUUAGAAUUUUCUUAUGGUUCCUGCAGUUCCAAAUUUCUGUACUAGAGAGCAGAGACCAUUAUUGAGCUUAGUUUCAAAUAUAUUAUGGUUGUGAUCUACAUCACUAAAUCCCUCUGGAACCUUAGAAUUAUAGAUGGCUGUAAUUUUUUUCUUUUGGCUGUAUCUGCAUUACUAAAUAAUUCAUUUUUAUUUCAUAAAA